GUUUUAUGAAAAUUAAUUCAUUUACAACAAUAUGCAAUAAGAAUUUGUUUAUAGACUGCGAUCAUGAUCAUGGAGCAAUAAAUAUUUAUAAACAAUCUUUUGUUAAUAUAAAUUUUUAAUUACAAAAAUAAGUUUCAGGAGACACGAAAGAUACAAAAAAUUACAUGUAAGGAAAACAUGUAAGAAAGAGAAAUAUUUUGAUAUAAUAUUCCAAAUAAAAACCUGUGCCUUUAUUUACAUAUAAAAUGACUUCAUACGUAAUGGGUUUCACCUCCUCGGGAGGAAUUCCACUAUUUUCCCGAAAAAGAGGUGAAGGUGAAGCUCUGUCAUUUUCAAAAAUGGCAUCUUUCAAUGGAGUUCAUAUGUUUUUGAAAUCUCACAAUAUUGAAUUGAUAGAUACCGAGACACCUGAUACAAUAUUAAAAUGGAAAGAAUUUGAAGAGACUAUUUUAAUAAUAGUAAUGGCAAGUGGAACAACAAAAAUAAUAUUAAAUAAAUUUCUCGAUGCAAUUUUUAAUGCAAUGGUUCUUGUUGUUGGAAUUGAUGACAUUAAAAAUCCAAGAAGUAUCGAAAGACUCAAAAGAGAUUUACGUGUUUGUAAUCCAAUAAUUGAUAGAUUAUUAGAAUGUCUCGAUACAGGUGAUAAAACAUGUAUGAAAAUUGAUUCAGUUGAUAUGACAAGUUGUAAUAUUUAUUCGGAAAAUCAUUUACUUCAAGUGUGUCUUGAUUCUUAUAUGGAAUUAUUGGAUUCAAUGUAUGGUUGUGUUUUAAUACAUGGUUGUUUAGCUGUUGCCACGGAAAAUUGGUGGCAUCUUGAUCCAAUUGAAAGGAAAUUAUUAAUUCUUGCAAUAACAUUGGAAAAUAAUUGCAUUGUAAAAGAUCUUCCUGUAUUUCUACCUAAUAAGAGUCCAAGCGUUGCUUUUCGUCUUGUUUCCGUUUCUCUAGGCAAUCAUGUUGAAGUUUUAUCACUUUGUGGACCAACGCCAAGUUUAAUUGAAAUUGAACGAUUGGCAGUACAAACGUGGAGAAGUAAUAUUGAUGUUUUAAAAGAUGUUGAACAAAUAUUCUCAAGAAAUUUUUUCACUGGAAUAACACUUGAACCGGGAAUUCUUGGCUUUUUUCUGGCUAAUUAUAAAGUCGGUAAAUUUAUAUUGACGAGAAAUCCACAACAAGCGAAAAAUCGUACAAGUGGAAAUCAACGUUUAGAAUCAUUACGAACAUUUUAUCAUCAUGCUGUGGAGAUAUUUUUAAUGGAUGAAAAUUUCGAAAAUGAUGGAGAAAAAAAGAAAAAUUCUUCUUCUGAAGAAAGUAAAGAGACUUAUUGGUGUUCUGAACAUCAUAAAUGUCAUGCUUUUAAAGAGGGUGAUAAUAUAUUUUGUGUUCUUUAUCCAUCUAAUAUUCCUGCUCAUACAAUGAGACUUAUUACUCAAAAAACUUUAAAGGCAAUUUUAGCAGAAAAACAUUUUUGUUGGUGAGAUUUUUUUUUUUAAAUUUAGAACUACUUUUUUACAGUUUUAUAAAUUUUUUUAUACAAAAAAUAAAAUAAUUAUUGAAAUAAUAAUGUUUUAAAUUAAUCAAA